AGCUUCAAACUCAUUUAUUAGAAAGAAAGAGUAAAGGAGAGGACAGACCACAAUGACUCUCUCCGUUAUUUUCUUCCUUACGACUGCAGCAGGGUGUGUCCUGGCAGCACAGGAUCAGCAAAGUCGCCAGGAUGUAAGUCUCACAGAACUCGUGGCUACAGUAGAAAGUCUUCUGGACAGAAUACAAGGUCUCGAGGCAGAAAAGCAGUCGUUGGAGAUGAGAGUUGAACGCCUGGAGACACUAUGCUCAUUCCCUGAUGUCCUCCUUCCAGGAGAAGGCACAGCAGAUAGAAACGAGGCUGUAAGUCUGGCGAGAGACAGUCAAACACAAGCGCGUGCUGUCGUUGUUAGGUCAGACGACAGCGACCCCCUGGUGCCGGUGGUGACUCAGUUGACAGAAAGGGUUAACGAAGUCAGUGCCGGUCUGCAGGCUCUGAAGAACGAGAUGACUGAAGCUUCCACGUCUGUCUUUGUGCGGUGGGGAAGUUCCACAUGUACAGACUCUUCUGUCCUCGUCUACUCCGGUGAAGUCGGGGGGUCUCAUUUUACAUCUCCAGGAGCAGCAGCCAACUACCUGUGUCUGCCCCUCUCUAAUGUCACCUUGGUGGACAUCACGGUCAACAAUUACGCACAGCUGUAUGGAGGGGAGUAUGAAAGCCAAGAUGCACACCAAGAAAAAGAUCCUGUGUGUGCGGUGUGUCGAUCGUCACGUGCCACUAAUGUGAUGAUUCCGGCGACGACUGUCUGUCCGGGUGGCUGGACCUUGGAGUACAGCGGGUGGCUGAUGACAGGAGCUCCAACGCACAGCGCUGCCUCUGAAUUCAUCUGCCUGGAUUCCAAGAUGGAGGAGAGGACAGGCAGCGAGGAAAACAACAAUGGGAAGCUCCUGUAUUACACGGCUACCGUGUGUGGGAGCCUGGCAUGUCCUCCCUACGUUAACGGGAAGAGGGUCACGUGUGUCGUCUGCUCCAAGUAGGAAACUAUGAAGGAAAUACAAAACAUAAAACCAAACAAACAUCACUGACAACAACGCUGUAACUACGUUUGCUGGCGUGGACGAUGUUGUUUACCACAACACAGCACACUGUGUGUCGUUGUCAUCAGUGGAGAAUUAAAAAAAAACUGUACACAA